AUGAAAGAGGAGGAGAGUGAACGUUUUUGAACGUACUCUUCCCAAAAAAAAAAGAAGGGGCGUUCAGAGGGAUGAAUAUUUGGACGAUGGCUGCGCACUGGUCAAGGCCAAGGAGGAUGUGAUAUUCUGGUUUCAAAUCAGCAGAGCUCCAUGUCUGAUCCGGAUCCUAUGAAGAGUGGGGGGCAAGGCAGCAGGGUCCCCGAAUGCUGCCCGCCUCCAACUCCCAAGACGGAGCUGCUCAGCCCCUCCAAGGUGCUUUCUCUGGAGUCUGAUGUACUUCCUGAAUACAAGCUCCAGGUGCCAGAGACAACAUGGUGGAUCUUGCUUCACUACAGCCCCUUCAAGGCGUUUUGGGACUGGAUCAUUCUCCUCCUGGUCCUCUACACGGCGGUUUUCACUCCUUACUCAGCCACCUUCCUCUUGGAUGAGCAUGGGGAUUUACGUCAGAGGGGAUGUGGCUACAUAUGUAGCCCUCUUAAUAUGGCAGACCUAUUGGUGGAUGUGCUGUUUAUUGUGGAUAUAGUCAUCAACCUCCGCACGACGUACGUGGACCACAAUGACGAGGUAGUCACGCAGCCGGGCCUGAUAGCGAAGCAAUACAUUAAAGGCUGGUUCCCGAUUGACCUCUUUGCAGCGAUCCCUUUUGACCUUCUCAUUUUCAGAUCUGGCUCUGAUGAGAUGGCAACCCUAACAAGCCUGCUGAAAACAGCUCGGCUGCUGCGAUUGGUCCGCGUGGCCAGAAAACUGGACCGAUAUUCUGAAUAUGGGGCUGCUGUCCUCUUCUUACUCAUGUGCACCUUUGUACUCAUCGCCCAUUGGUUGGCCUGCAUUUGGUACGCCAUCGGCUUCGUGGAGAGGCCUUACACGGAGACCGGUUGGCUGGACAACCUGGCUGAGCAACUGGGCAAGGUGUACAACGAUAGCGACUCCAGAUCCGGUCCGUCGGUCAAAGACAAGUACGUCACUGCCCUGUACUUCACCUUGAGCAGCCUGACGAGUGUGGGGUUCGGUAACGUUUCUCCCAACACCAACUCGGAGAAGAUCUUCUCCAUCUGCGUCAUGGUCAUUGGCUCUCUGAUGUAUGCCAGCAUAUUUGGGAAUGUAUCUGCCAUCAUCCAGCGGCUGUACUCGGGUACAACCCGCUACCACACCCAGAUGCUGCGAGUCAAGGAGUUCAUCCGAUUCCACCAGAUCCCAGGUGGCCUGCGCCAAAGGCUGGAGGAGUACUUUCAGCACGCCUGGUCUUACACCAAUGGCAUUGACAUGAAUGCUGUGUUGAAGGGGUUUCCCGAGUCUUUUCAGGCGGACAUCUGUUUGCACUUGAACAGAACCCUGCUACAGGACUGUAAGGCUUUCCGUGGAGGCAGUCAAGCCUGUCUGCGCGCUAUAGCCAUGAGGUUCAAGACGGUACACGCUCCUCCGGGCGAUACUCUAAUCCACUACGGAGACAUCCUGGACUCGCUCUUCUUCAUCUCCCGUGGUUCGAUCCAGGUCAUCAGGGAUGAUGUGGUGGUGGCCAUAUUAGAGAAGAAUGACAUCUUUGGUGAGCCCAUUCACCUGUACGAUGAGCCCGGGAAGUCUAAUUCUGACGUGCGCACCGCCACCUACUGUGACCUUCACCGCAUCCAUAGGGACAACCUGCUGGAGGUCCUGGACAUCUACCCCGGCUUUGCGGACAACUUCUGGAGGAACCUGGAGAUAACGUUUGACCUGAGAGACGCCGAUCAAGCGCCGCCAAUAAUGACAACAGAUGAUUCUUGUGACGACUGUGAAUAUCACCACAAGCCGAGACACAGAAUCCACACCCUUGACUGCCGAAUCAGGCCAGAUGGAAUCGAUCAUGAGGAUUCGUACCCACUUCAGUCCUUCCGUCAUCGGCACUCACCCGCCCGGGCCCACUGGGACGACCGCUGUAGCUGCGGAUCCCCAUGCUCCCAGUCCAGCGAGGACCUGACUAAGUGUCUUGCUCAUGGUGCCCGAGUAGAGCUUUAUCCACCGGAGGAUGCCGCGCGGGACUACUCCCCCUCUGUGGUGCAGGUGCUGCCCCCGGGUGGCACAUCAGUGGGGAGGGAAGCAGUGUUGGACAGGGGCCACGAAGCUUCAUCUUUGAAUGUGCCGGGAAUGUAUCGAUACUGGCCCGACCGACAGUCACAACAGUUUUCCAGUCGCGCAUGGCGAUCGUCUUCUGUCCGGGACUCGUACCACCCGCCGCCCUUCACAGAAGAGAGGCCCAGUGAGCUGGAGUCUCAGCUGGAGGUUUUACAUUCACAGCUCAACAGACUGGAAACCCGCAUGACAGCCGACAUCAACGUUAUUCUCCAGCUGCUCCAGAGGCAGAUGGCUCCUGUGCCUCCAGCUUACAGCACUGUGUCAUCCAGCAGCCUCCCGUCUAACUCACCCGGCCUGUAUGGGACCGGCACACCAGUGCUGCACAGCAUGUACCCCAUUCCUCCCAUACAGAUGGACGGCAGAGCACCCACACAGAACUCGACCCAGACUGACCUUAAAUUCACCAAGAGAUCCCUGGAGUCGCUGUCCAGUGGCAUCCGCGUGACCGCGGCGUCGGACGACACCAUGUUCAUGACCGUCACCCCAGAAACUGAGGCCCACACAGGGUUCACUUCGCAGCUGCCCCAGCCACCAGCUGCCAGGCUGGGUGGCAGCCUCCGCUGCCCCUCACUGCCGGGGAACCUGGACGUCACGUCCGGACUGGCCGAGAUCCAGAAGCACCUGUCGGACCCUGUGCUGCCUGUCACCUGACGACCUUCAGUAUGAGAGUCUUCAUGGCAGCCGGUGUGACUUUGUAAGAAAAAGCGGUGAUGCACUGCUCCUUACAGACUUCAGGUGAAUCCAAUAAUCAGCUAUCAUUACACAUUUCGACAGCGAGUAGCGUCUCAAAAUCAGAUGGUGGUGGACGACAAAGACUUCUGUCUCACACUGUCUUGACACAGGAUUACGCUCAGUCAGUACUGAAUGCAACAAAGUUCUAAUUCGCAUUUAAAAAGAGUGCACAGGAGACUCAUACUCAUGUUCUACAUCUUGCCGUUCCAUCGCGGUUCUAUAUUCUUUCGAAAUCCUGAUUCAGUUUUAAUCCUCGGUGAUUGUUUCCCGUUGCUGAUCAGUUCUGAGGGGGAAACAUCUAAUCUAAUCUGGCUCUGCCUGAAGAUGGAAAAAAAAACAACCUUGGUUUGUUUAAUACAUCCAAAACAUUUGUGUAAAAAUGACAUGUUGUGGCCGUAGCUUCAUAUUUACCAGACAAUCUUUUCAUCUAAUCCUAAAAGGAAAAAGCUACUAAAUGUCUAAAUAUUCCCGUAAGAAAAUCUCAUACCAGUAAACUGAUAUUCCCUCAAUUUUUUCCCCAACAAAAAAUACAUCACACAUACAUUUUUGCCAUGGAUCCAUUGAAUGUGGUUAUCAAAAAAUUGUGACCAAGAUAUAUGUUCUGGGUAGGACACUUAACGGUUGAAAAUCAAAUUUCUCUUCAUAUUAAAACAUCUGUAUAAUGGUCCAAACUGUAAGGGAGUGUUUAUUGCUGUAUAAACUAAAUAUUGUUGCAAUGAAUAAAGUUGAUGUUGCAGAAAUGA